AUGCCUGAGUUCGAGCUCAUCUCUCAAUUCACAGAAGAUGCGUUUGCUGCAGAAGAUCGUGUUUGUGAACGCCCUGUUUGUCGAGCAAGGAUUGCAAAAGGUGAUCCUUGCUUCUAUGUUGGUACCGUCGACCCAGGCAAACCUGGCCGCUAUGUCUGUGGUCCAUGCCAUUCCCACUAUCUAACCAUGCCAGCCACGUCUGUGAGACCCACUGGUAGAUCCGUUCCACAGCCGCAGCUCUCCCAUACCUUCCCUGACCCACGCACGAUCCGGCAAACUGUCAAUGCUGCACAGAGGAAAUCAACAGUUAACCCCCCUCCUGUUAUUGCAUUUGGUCGUGGCAUUCGUCCGCCGUCAAUGACCCAUUCCACUGGGCCAGACAUCGCUAUCCCAUCGUCAUGGGGGCAGCCGAGUCGCUCCUCAGGCUCAGGCUAUUCGGUAAAUCAUGUGCAGUAUGGCACCGAGCGUGAGCGUUGGUCAAAACUCUCAUAUGCACUUCCACCAAUGGAAACCAUCACACUCGACAUUUCGGCAGUCCAUGAGGUCGGUGCACGGAGGAAAGGACAUUGGGUUGCAAUUGGGAAUAUCCGAGAAGGCAAAAAAGAUGUUGACGCACGCAUUGAUGCUCCUGGGCUCAUGGAUAUUGCAUUCGACACUAUCCUUCCUAAGAUUUUGACUUUCGGUGCAGGAUUCCCGUGGCGUAUCGAGGAGUUUGUUGCCUCGGUCCCAUAUUUCAUCUCACAAUGCAUGGUCCCAAGCAAGAAAGGAUCGAAGGCACCCACAUUCAAGACCAAGCAAUUUGCGCUGAUGCUCGUCGUUCCGGAGGCUCAAUGGAAUGAGUAUGAGGAAUGGGUAGAAAAAGCGGAGGAGAUAAGACAGGUCACCGCUCGUCAAGUUCAAGUUCAACAUCGAGUAGAAACAACGGAGAACGUCUCUACUGUAUUGCAAAGCGCCUCCGCGUCCACUCAAAAUCUUACAUCGUCAAGUGCCUUCGAGUCUACCAAACGGUCCCACAGGAACAAUUUGAGCACCACCACCACAUCUUCAUCACUGCCUCACAAAAAGCUUGCAGUUGCGCCACCCAAAGCGCUGUUUAGCUCGCCUGAUCGCAGCGACCUAAAGGAAGCACUGCGGAGUGGAGGCAGUGCAACAAACUUUGAUGUUGCACAAGUGCUUGGCACAUACACUGAGAACGUUCAUUUCUAUGGGAUCCCCACUCGUCCGCUUGCAGAUAUCCUUAAGAAUCUCAAUUAUCGUUCUUUUAAGGUAGAACCAGCGCAGGCGAUAAUCGGACAGCUGACAGUCAAUUCAUCUACGCGCAGCAUGCUGGGGGCUGGUGGAUUUAAGACUGCUCAUCCUGGUUGGCUUUCUCUCACUCCUCUUGUUAAAAGUGGGCUAGGAUCGGUUCCUGGUCAAAAUGUUGCAGUGAAGCGACCGUUUCAUAAGGUGUUUCCAUCCGCCUCAAGCCUUAUGUACAAAAUAGGUCGUUUUUCGUCAAUCGACGAAAUAGCCAAGCUUGGCAAGGAAGCAAACGUUUUAUAUUGGGCUCAUUCUCUCCUACAGCUCACAUAUGCCUUCAUCGAUCACUGUAUUGCCUCCUCUGAGGAACCUCCGCCAUUUGACAUCCCUCGUGUGCGCUUUGUUGACGCUGGCUUGGCGAUCUCUUACUCUCAACGUGAUUCCAAACCUACGAAGGCAGGCUCAAAAACAGGCUCGUCGUGUGUGGGAUAUCUUGUAGAGGAGCUUAUUGAAGGCGGGCCAGACGUUUUUAUGAAGUUCAUUCACAACAUGGACUCUAAUCCUCUGCUCGAUCACGAUGAUUAUGGCUAUGAAGUAGCUUCGUUCUUUUCUUUCACGCAACACGUGCAGUAUGUAAAGACGGGUGGCUUGGCCUUCAUCUCAGACUAUCAAGGAAGCACAGAGCUGCUGACGGACCCGCAGAUCCUAACAGACCCGUCAGUUGGUCAAGGGAAGGAUCUUUUUGGCGAGGGGAAUAUGGAAUGCACGGUUAGCAUGUUCGAGAAACAGCACAAAUGCAAUGAGUUUUGUGAGUGGCCAGGGUUUGGAUUGGUGCCCUUCGCCACGACAACAGAAGACGAAAGCACAGAGGAGACGGAAGCUGGAGAAGCCGGAUGUAGGGAAGAUGGUCCAAUUGCCUCUUAG